AUGCUUCAGAGACGACUUCAUGUCCCAGCUUUAUUCCUUCAAGGCUGUAGAAGAUUCCUUUCAGCAACCAAUGGUGUGGUAAUGCUUCAGAGACGACUUCAUGUCCCAGCUUUAUUCCUUCAAGGCUGUAUGAAGAUUCCUUUUCAACAGCAAAUAAUGAUAGCUCAGAGACGACUUCAUGUCCCAGCUUUUAUUCCUUCAAGGGCUGUAGAAGAUUCCUUUCAGCAACAAAUAAUAAUGCUUCAAGGACGACUUCAUAUCCCAGCUUUAUUCCUUCAAGGCUGUAGAAGAUUCCUUUCAACAACAAAUAAUAAUGCUUCAGAGACGACUUCAUGUUCCAGCUUUAUUCCUUCAAAGGCUGUAGAAGAUUCCUUUCAAGCAACAGUAAUAUUCACUUCAGAACGACUUCAUGUCCCAGCUUUAUUCCUUCAAGGCUGUGAAGAUUCCUUUCCUUAA